AUGGACCCAACUACAAUUACAACAUCAUCAUCAACAGACCUGAGAACAACGUUGACAACUCCAGUUUUGACAUUAUUAUUUACGACGUCAUCAACCUGGUCUACUGAAGUGACAUCAAUCUCAACAACCUCAACAACAUUGAUUACGACAAAAUUAUCGUCUUCAACUACGACAACAAGAGCAACAACCUCGACAACAACCCCACCAACUCCAUCUUUAGAUCUCGUCAUCUUAGAAAAAUGUGAAUCUUCAUUCCCAGCACUUAAUGGGCUAUUUGAAACCAGUGGACGAUUGAAGGAUCCGGACAAGUUCGGUUUUUGGGUUACCUCAUGCAAUCAACUUUUUGUGUUCGGCAAAUCUUUGGUGACGUGGAGGGAAAACGCCAUCAAAUGCGCUUCAAUUGGAAUGCAACCGAUUGAAAUAGAAAACGACGCCAAAUAUCAGUGCUUCAAAGAAUUGGCUGUCAAUUGGAAGUACGGGUCAAACUACUGGACCUCUGGCCUGAGGACUCAAGGCAGUAAAUUCUCGUGGUGCACCAAAAGUGGUUAUUCUGAGAUGACUGGUUCUGUGGAUCUCUGGGCGCCUGGACAGCCCGAUAAUUUGAACGGAUCAGAAAACUGCGUUCACAUGAGCAUCAAAAAAGAAAACACUUCUGUCUAUUUGACCGACAAAAAUUGCACCAAGAUCAAUGUUUUUUCCUGCCAAGGUCCAACAACGCCGCCGCCACCAUGCACGUCACCAGUUUGCCCCAAUAUCACAUGCAAAAGAAAUCUGUCACUUUUUAAUAAUUUGACCAAAGAGGGCAAGACUUCCUACUAUUUAACAAAUCCAAAUAUGCUCGGCUCCUGGUACAAGAAAAACAGCCGUUUUUACUUUUAUAGCUACCCGAACCAGACGCAAACAUUCCUAGGGGCGAUGAAAGCCUGCUGCGAUUUAGGAAUGAAUCUACUCAGCCUUCAGUUUGAUUACAAAUUCGACGGGGUUUUGGGAGGAGUUAAAGAAAAAAAUACAACUCCGGGCAACUUUUGGACUUCGGGCACCGACAGCGGUUGCGAGUCGGCUUUCGGCUUCUGCUCUGUGAACCGUUUGGUUCGAAAAGAUGCCAAUUGGCAGCCGGGACAGCCGGACAACGCAGGCGGAGCGGAGAAUUAUUUGGCUGUGUACAUCAAUGGGUCGAGUGCAUUGAUGGCUGAUUUUAACGGAGACACAAAACUGCGGUACAUCUGCGAGGCCCGGGACACGACCAAAUCCGCCUCAGGAGGCAAAGCUGUGAGAGACGAGUGCGCUGCUAUUUACAAUGUCAGCUCGAGGGAAAUUGACAAUUUGCUGAACAACACAAACUAUGAUUUGAGGAUGAAAUGCUUCAUCAAGUGCAUUGGGGAAAAUAGCGGUUUGAUGAUUGACGGAAAGUUUGUGGAAAAUGAAGUUCUGGCAAUACUGGAAAAUUUGGCAACUGGCAAUUUGGAGGAUCUCCAGAAAAACUUGAUGAUCAUAGAUGAGUGCUCAAGCUCCUCUGGUGGAAUGGAUGAGUGCGACAAGGCGGCGCAAAUGAUCAAGUGUACCAAUGAAAAGGCGCCUGACGUGCUCAUGAGCGUAGUUAAUGAAAUGGAGCGGUCCAUUUCUCAGUCGGAGUCAAUCCAAGAAGCUGCCCCGUUGCCCCCGCAUCCUGCUUUUUGCGUCCAAGAUUAUCCUUGCGUUAUAGAUGUGGGAUAA